AUCCAAAAUCCUUUUGAGGAAAUGAACAGCGAUCUAAGAAAUAGAAGAGGCAAAGAGGUACCGAUAGAUCAUAGGGACAUUGCUUGCGCUGGAGAAUCUUCUGUGAGUCGAUUUCCAUGGCGAGGAAGAGAACGAACAGAGCACAAGAAUUUUACUCUUCGAAUCUCAAUUGAGAGACGCGGGUUCGGCAAUUCAUUGGCCCAGGCGACGCUCUCCGUUGGAGAAAUAAGGCCGCAGAUUUCUCUCCCAUCGCCUCACUCCUCCUCCUCUACACUCUUCUCUUCCUGCAGUCUCUUCGAUUCGCCCCGUCGUUCACCGUCGGUUUCUCCCAACUGCGCAGCUUCCUUGGGGUUUGACUCCGGGCUGCAUUCCACUGGACGCAGACGGAUUUGUAUAGCUAUGGUUCAGCAGGCAGCUCAAGGAGCUCCGGUGAUUUAUGCUAAGGAGAUGGAGAGACUCUCUGCUAAAGAAUCGCUGCUGUUGCCUGUGAGUAUCGGUGUUUGAGUUUCUUCAUGUUUUAAAGUAUUGUUGAUUUGUUUCGCUUCAACUAUCGCGAUGGUAGUAGAGCAUAGUAUAGACUGAAAAUUAUGUAUGCAUAUCGAUGAUUUUUUUUUGAUGUUCAUGUUCCUUUAUUCCGUGAAGUAUACAUUUCGUAGUGAAAAUUGAAAACAUGCUUGAUUUAAUCGUGUCUUAUUGUCGAGAAGCUACUUUGUGUCAAUUUGAAUCUAACCUAGUAUGUAGUUUGACCUUUUCCGCUAAAUACUACUAAGAAACUUGUAACAUUUUUCCUGGAACUGAGAAAGUUGGUUGAAGAUUUGAAUUAAGAAUGGCUCCGAUAUCAAUUUGUGAUGGUUGGCCGCGAAGAGAUUUAAUCUCAAGUUAGAAAAAGAGAAAUCAAAUAACUCACUCAUAACCAAGGUUUUGCAAGAAUAGAAAAUAGAGAGACUGAGACAAAAAGUUUAAUUGGUAUGCAUUCUGGUGAGGAUAUCCCACACACAAUAAGAACAAAAGCAAUUUUGUUUAUUUCCCGAAGAGAAAUUAGCAGAGCGAUGAGCAAGAAGAUGAUCCCCCCUUACAUCCUUCUUAUAAAUAGUAAAGGUAUCGUCAACUGACGCAAAAUUGUUUCAACAAAAAAUAGUUAGUAUUCUGUUUAAACUGAGGGGAAAAGAACAAGCGAAACUGCCACAUUCCUGAACGAGAUAGUUGGAAGAAACGCAUCCUCUCCUUGCAUCCGUUAUCUUCUCAAUUAUUUCUUAUGGUCUAACGUUUCGUAGGUUUGAAUUUUUUCAAUAGAAUGUGUGUCUACCUGCUCUUCUUGUUGGUUCGAGACAUCAUAAUGUUUGAACUCGAGAAGUCGAGCGGAAUGGGAGACUGGCCCAAUCUGUUAGCUACCUUUCCAGAACAUCUGUUAGUCUUUAUUCUCUAGUUUGAAACUCAUGCAAGUUUUAUGUGUACAAAUUUAUGCACUCCGUCGAGUGCAACUGAUCGUGAUAUGUGAAUUUGUGGCUGCUGUUUGUUGAACGAAGUGGUCUUCAGUAUUUAGUGAAUUAUAUUGGUUUAAUCAGAAUUAUAUUGCUUUAAUAGUUGAUUGCAAGUUUUUUAUCCAGAUAACUACUCAUCAACCCAUACCAUAAAGACCACUCCAUUGACACAAAUUUCAAGUAUAUAAGUAGACCUAUCAAACAAAUGUGUAUCUUUAUUUCAAAGUUUUGUGUAU